AUGUCGGGCAACAAGAGAGAUCUGUCGCAAUUCAACUAUGGGGCGAUGAGUAGUUUGGUCGUGAAUCAAGACCGAUCUGUACUUCGUUCCGAUGAGCCUACAGGUACUGCUGAAUCCCUUGUGGGAAGGAUCAACCCUAAAGAAAUGGGAUCACGGGUGAUUCGAGAAGCACCAAAAGAUUUAGAAAAGAAAAAAGCUAAAUCAAAAUUAACAUCGGCUGAUGAAGUUGAAAAAUCCAUUCGUAGAGCACAAGAGAAAUCAACGGCAAGAUUCGGUGCUGCUGAUGUGUUAGAAAGUGUCGCACAAAUGGAAGGGUUGAGAUAUAAACCUAGAACAGGAGAAACCAGGGAAGUUUACGAGUUGUUAUUGGGUCUAACUCAUCAGAUCUUGGGUGAUCAAACUCAGGAGGUUGUGAGAUCGGCUGCUGAUACGGUAUUGGAAAACUUGAAAGAUGAAGAUUUGAAAGAAUUCGAUAAGAGAAAAGAAGUCGAAUCUGUUUUCGGUCCAUUACCUGAAAAUAUGUGGAGUCAAUUAGUUAAUCUAAGUAAGAAAAUCACGGAUUAUGGUGAAGAAGAAGAGGCUCCUCAAGGAGAUGAUAGACAACAAGCAGUCGAUCAAGAAGGUGUGGCAGUUCUGUUCGAGGAUGAUGACGAAGAGGAUGAAGAUGAAGGUUUCGAAGUCAAAGGCCGUGAUUCAGAAGACGAGGAUGAAGAAUCAGAUGAAGACGAUGAAGAGGAAGAUGGGUCAGAAGAUGAAGGUGCUGAACCAAUGGAUGAAGAUGAUGCUCUUGUCCUAGGUAAAGAAGCAAGAGCAGCUAAGACAAAGUCAGAUAAAGUAUCGCCACAUGAGGUCGACGCUUUCUGGCUUCAACGUCUCAUAUCAACAUCUUAUCCUGAUCCAGUACAAUCAUCCGAUUUCACCUCAAAGGCUUUGGAGUUCUUGAGUUCAGAAAUGGAACUUCGUGAUCUUGAGAAUUCCUUGGCUGACAUGUUCAGUUACGAGAACUUUGACCUGGUCACUUCACUCACCAAGAACCGAGAAGUCAUCGUUUGGUGUACCAAACUUGCAAGAAGCAGUGACGAAGAGAAACAGGAUGUAGAAGUCGCCAUGCGUGAAAAAGGUGCAGGAUGGAUAUUGAGAGAGUUAAGAGGUGGUAGGAAAACCCAAGCUACUGAGGCAGAACAACAAGUAGUCAACGUCCCCACCAAGGCCACUCUUGCUCCUGGAUCUGUUGCUCAACCUCGACGAGUCAUUGACAUCGAUUCUCUCAUUUUCACGGAAGGUGCCCAUCUCAUGUCCAGAAAGAAAGUCAAACUCCCUGAAGGAUCAUUCAAACGACAGAUGAAAGGGUACGAGGAGAUUCAUGUUCCAGAGCCAAAGAAGAGAGAGAUUCAAGAAGGAGAAUUAGUUUCAAUCGAUAAAAUGCCUCCUUGGACGCAUCCGGUAUGGGCAAGCGUCAACACGACUCGGUUGAACACCAUUCAAAGUAAGGUUUAUCCCAUCGCAUGGGGAUCCAACGAACCAAUGUUGAUUUGUGCACCUACUGGUGCUGGUAAGACCAAUUGUGCUGCUCUCACUAUGCUUCGAUGUAUUGAGCAAUUCCGAGAUCCCGAUACCGGCUUUAUCGAUCGCGAUUCAUUCAAAAUCAUCUACGUUUCACCCAUGAAAGCUCUGGUGCAAGAGCAAGUCUCCGCUUUCAGCAAACGAUUCAAAGCUCUUGAUAUACAUGUGGCCGAGUUGACUGGUGAUAGCCAGUUGACCAAACAACAAAUUUCCGAAACUCAAAUCAUCGUCACUACACCGGAGAAAUGGGAUGUCAUCACGCGAAAAUCCACAGAUACAUCAUACACCAACCUUGUUCGACUAAUCAUCGUUGAUGAAAUUCAUUUGCUCCAUGAUGAUCGAGGACCCGUACUCGAAUCCAUCUUAUCUCGUACAAUCCGAAAGAUGGAUCAAACCCAUGACGAAGUCCGAGUCGUCGGUUUAUCUGCAACUUUACCGAAUUACAAAGACGUUGCAGCCUUCCUUCGAGUCGACCCCAAGAAGGGAUUGUUCUUCUUCGACGCAGCUUAUCGACCUGUAGGCUUGAAACAACAAUUCAUCGGUGUGACAGAGAAGAAAGCUAUCAAACGAUUCCAAGUCAUGAAUGAAGUUUGUUAUGAGAAAUGUCUGAAUUAUGCUGGUAAAUCUCAAACAUUGGUGUUCGUUCAUUCAAGAAAGGAAACUGCCAAAACUGCAAAAUUCCUCAAAGAAACGGCAAUGGAGAAAGAAACUUUGACGCAAUUCAUCAAUCCUGAAGGAGCAUCAAGAGAAGUUUUAUUAGCUGAAGCUGCUCAAUGCAAAAACCCAGAUUUGAAAGAAUUACUACCGUUCGGAUUCGGUAUACAUCACGCUGGAAUGUCACGAGAUGAUCGUUUGGUAGUUGAGGAGUUAUUCGCAGCUGGACACAUCCAAGUUUUAUGUUGUACAGCAACUUUAGCUUGGGGUGUGAAUCUUCCUGCACAUACAGUUAUCAUCAAAGGUACUCAAAUAUAUAAUCCUGAAAAAGGUAAAUGGUGUGAAUUGUCACCUCAAGAUGUACUUCAAAUGCUUGGACGAGCAGGUAGACCUCAAUACGAUACUUUCGGUGAAGGUAUAAUUAUAACGAAUCAUGGCGAACUGCAAUAUUAUACCAGUUUGAUGAAUCAACAAUUACCGAUUGAAAGUCAGUUUGUUUCAAGAAUGGUUGACAAUCUUAAUGCCGAAAUCGUACUUGGCACGGUGAGAAAUAGAGAUGAAGGUGUUCAAUGGUUGGGUUAUACUUACUUGUACGUUCGUAUGCUCGGUUCUCCCGCGCUUUACAAUGUUGGUGCCGACUAUAUGGAAGGUGAUGCAGCUUUAGUGCAGAAACGAGCCGACUUGAUACACUCCGCCGCUGUUCUACUCGAGAAAGGUGGCUUGAUCAAAUAUGAUCGAUCCACAGGUAUUUUCCACAGUACUGAUUUAGGACGUAUCGCUUCUCAUUACUAUGUCGCCUACACUUCCAUGUCAGUGUAUAACAAACACCUCAAGCCUAACCUCACCGUGAUCGACUUGUUCCGAGUUUUCGCCUUAUCUAACGAAUUCAAGCUCAUUCCUGUACGACAAGAGGAAAAACUUGAACUUGCCAAGCUUAUCGAACGAGUUCCUAUUCCCGUCAAAGAAGGCGUGGAUGAACCUGUCUCGAAGAUCAACGUUCUCUUACAAGCUUAUAUCUCCCAGCUUAAACUUGGUGGAUUUGACAUCGUGACUGAUAUGGUAUUCAUUCAACAAUCCGCUGGACGUAUCAUUCGAGCCAUGUUCGAAAUUUGUUUGAAGAAAGGAUGGUCAGCGCCUAUGCGUGCUGCUUUGGACUUGUGUAAGAUGGUAGAAAGGAGAAUGUGGAAAUCAAUGUCACCAUUACGACAAUUCCCUAGAAUCAGACAAGAAAUAAUCACCAAAGCUGAAAGGAAAGAAUUCCCUUGGCAUAGAUACUUUGAUCUUGACGCUGCUGAAUUAGGUGAACUUUUGGCUUUACCCAAAUCAGGUCAAUUCAUCGAAUCACUGGUCCAUAAAUUCCCUCGACUCGAUUUGCAAGCUCACGUCUUACCGUUAACUCGAUCUCUUCUCAAGAUCAACGUAACCAUCACUCCUGAUUUCGUUUGGGAUCACGACAUUCACGGUGCUACUCAAGCUUUCUGGAUUAUAGUUGAAGAUGUUGAUGGUGAAAAGAUCCUCUUCCAUGACCAAUUCGUCUUACGAGAAAGAUUCGCUCAAGAUGAACAUUACGUUACCAUCACCGUCCCAAUUUCAGAGCCAGUCCCACCAAAUUACUACUUGUCUGUCAUCUCCGACCGAUGGCUUCAAUCUGAAACUCGACUACCUAUCUCUUUCCAACAUCUCAUCAGACCUGAGCCAUUCCCUGCUCAUACCGCGCUUCUCGAUCUCCAACCUCUUCCCGUCUCGGCGUUACAUAAUAAAGCUUUCGAAAGCUUGUACUCUUUUGAUCAUUUCAACAAGAUUCAAACUCAAGUCUUCCAGGCCUUAUUCACUACGGACGAUAACGUCUUCAUCGGCGCUCCAACCGGAUCAGGCAAAACCAUUUGUGCCGAAUUUGCUUUACUUCGAUUAUGGUCUAAACGGGAUCCACCAAGAGCAGUUUGCAUUGAACCAUAUCAAGACAUGGUAGAUAUGAGAGUCGCAGAAUGGUCCGAGAAGUUUUCUUCAUUGGAAAAAGAAGUCGUCGCGUUAACAGGAGAAUCAACUGCCGAUUUAGCUCUAUUGAGAAAAGCUGAUAUAGUGGUAUGUACACCUAAUCAAUGGGAUUUGUUAUCACGAAGAUGGAAAACCAGAAAGGAUGUUCAAAAUAUUGGACUGCUAAUCGCGGAUGAACUUCAACUUAUUGGGGGUGAUGUUGGAUCAACAUAUGAAGUUAUAGUCUCAAGAACAAGAUAUGUUUCACAGCAAACCUCAAUUCCAACUCGAAUAAUAGCUUGUAGCGUAUCAUUAUCAAACGCAAGAGAUUUAGGUGAUUGGAUAGGUGCAACGUCACAGACCAUUUUCAAUUUCUCACCUUCAGCAAGACCUUUACCUUUAGAAGUUCACAUACAAUCUUUCAACGUACCUCAUUUCCCCUCGUUGAUGUUAUCAAUGGCUAAACCUGCAUAUCUGGCAAUGGUCGAACAUUCAACAAAUAAACCAACAAUAUGUUUCGUCUCUUCAAGGAAACAAUGUAAAUUAACCGCUAAUGAUAUAAUGACUUAUUGUCUUGCCGAUGAAGAUGAAACUCGUUUCUUGAAUGUUGAAAAAGAAGAUCUUGAGCCUCACUUGGAAAGAUUAGACGAUAAAGAUUUAGCGGAAACUUUAAGAUACGGUAUUGGUUAUUACCAUGAAGCACUAAGUAAAAUCGAUAAGAGGAUCGUUACGGCUCUUUUCGAAGAAGGUGCUAUCAAAGUUUUGGUUGCUUCAAAGGACACUGCGUGGUCGUUACCCGUCACAUCAUACAUGGUCAUCGUCAUGGGCGUGCAGUCCUUCGAUGGACAAGAACAUCGAUAUAUCGACUAUUCAAUUGCGGAUGUCUUACAAAUGCUUGGAAGAGCAUGCAGACCUUCGAUCGACAAUUCAAGUAAAUGUAUCAUGAUGAUGCAACAAACAAGAAAAGACUUUUUCAAGAAAUUCUUGGAAGAAGCUUUACCUGUCGAAUCUUCUUUACCAAGUUAUUUACAUGACCACUUCAACGCGGAAAUCGUAGCCAAGACAAUUGAAAACAAACAAGACGCUGUCGAUUGGUGUACGUGGACUUGGUUCUACAGAAGGCUCAUGCAAAAUCCAGGAUUCUAUAAUCUUCAAGGAACCACUCCUACUCAUGUUGCCGACUACUUAUCCGAAUUAGUCGAAACCACAUUGAACGACUUGGUAGCUUCAGAUUGUAUCAUCAUCCAAGAUGAAAUGGACACAUUACCUAACAACUUGGGUAUGAUCGCUUCGUUCUACUAUAUCUCUUAUGUCACAGUGGAAACUUUCUCAGCAUCGAUCAAAGAAACCACUAAACUCAAAGGAUUAUUGGAAAUUGUCUCUUCGGCACAUGAAUUUGAAACGAUACCCAUUCGACAUCAUGAAGACACUUUAUUGAAGAGAAUAUAUGAUAGAGUACCUGUUAAAGUUGCUAAAGCAGAUUAUAAUUCACCAUACUUCAAGACAUAUCUAUUGUUACAAGCUCAUUUCAGUCGAAUGACAUUGCCACCUGAUUUAGCUAUUGACCAAGCCACGAUAUUGGGUAAAGUGACUGGACUAUUAAGUGCUUGUGUAGAUGUUAUGUCUUCAAAGAGUUACUUGAAUUGUCUAGGUGCAAUGGAUCUUUCACAAAUGUGUGUUCAAGCUAUUUGGGACAGAGAUUCACCUUUGAAACAAGUACCAUACUUUGAGCAAGAUGUUUUAUCUAGAUUCAAGACAAAAGGAUUGGAUUCAGUUUACGAUAUUAUGGAAUUGGAAGAUGAUGAAAGAAACGAUUUGUUGAGAAUGAAUGAUAGACAACUCGCUCGAGUGGCUAAAUUCGUCAACUCAUACCCUAACAUUGAAGUUUCGUAUUCAGUUGAAGAUUCAGAUUCAUUAACUUCAUCAGAUUCAAUCACGUUGAAUGUGACAUUAGAUAGAGAAGCAGAUGAAGAUGAUCCAAACGAUCAAGUAGCGGAUUCACCUCUAUUCCCACACAAGAAAAUGGUUUCAUGGUGGAUAGUGGUCGGUGACGAUAAGACCAGACAAUUAUACGCUAUUAAGAAAGUUACCGUUAAAUCCAAAUUGGAAACUAAAUUAGACUUCAACUUGGCUCAAGGUGAUUGGAACUUGAAAUUAUACUUGAUUUGUGAUUCAUACAGUGGCGCAGAUCAAGAUUUCGAUCUCGAUACGUUAAAAGUAGCAGAAGGUGAAGAUUCUUCCGAAGAAGAAGAUUCAGAUGAGGAGAUGGAACAGGAUUAG